CACCUUAUGCAAGGAGCUCUACCACAUUUCCAAGUAAAAACCACACUCCCGGCUAAAUAGAUUUAUUCUUGUUAACCUGUUUGUAUCAAGAAAGGAGGAUGAAGCUACAACUUUUGAUCAUUAAUGUUUUGAUGAAUUUGGUUCUUACUAAUCAAGAAGAAGAGGAAAAACAGAUGACAACAUCUCCUGGAUUUCUGAUUGAUGAAGAUUACUUCAAUGCCCUUCUCAAUUCCACCCCUCCGGAUGAGGAUGAACCAUCUGCUCCUUGCAGUGUAACCAUGCCUGGAUAUAGUAGCUUGGGCAUGACAAUCACAUACAUCAUUGUGUUUGUCCUAAGCAUGGUGGGCAACAGUGUGGUUGUCUAUGUGGUUUGUUGUAUGAAGAAAGGCAGAGCCAGCACAGACAUCUAUUUGAUGCACCUGGCGAUAGCAGACCUUCUCUUCUGUCUCACCCUCCCGUUCUGGGCCGUCAGUGCAUUUGGAUCUGAUUGGAUCUUCGGCACCUUCCUGUGCAAACUCCUGUCAGGCUUCCAAGAGGCGUCAGUAUACAGUGGUGUCUUCCUGUUGGCGUGCAUCAGUGUGGACCGUCACUUUGCCAUUGUGAGAGCUACACGUGUCCUGCCCUCCCAUCACCUGUGGGUGAAAGUGGUGUGCAGUGUGGUGUGGCUGUUGGCUGGAGUGCUGUCCUUACCCGUGGCAGUUCAGAGGGAGAGCAUGUAUGCUCAAGAUCUGAACCAGAACAUUUGCUAUGAAAAUCUAACAGGUGAAAGCAGCGAGCACUGGCGUGUUGGAUUGCGCGUCCUGCGCCAUACGGUGGGCUUUUUCCUGCCACUGGUGGUGAUGGGUAUCUGCUAUGGCUCCAUUGUCGUGACACUGUUUCACACGCGGAAUCAACAGAAGCACAAGGCCAUGCGCGUUAUCCUGGCGGUGGUGUUGGCAUUUGUUCUGUGCUGGCUGCCUUAUAACAUAAUUGUGCUCAUUGACACACUCAGACGAGGUGGAUCAAUCAUAGUGGAGAUAUGCGACACUCGCUACGCGCUGGAAAUGAUGCUAAAAGUGACCCAAGUGUUGGCUUUUAUGCACUGUGCAGUGAAUCCAGUGCUCUAUGCUUUCAUUGGGGAGAAGUUCCGUAACCAGCUGCUUUUGACGCUUUGCAAACAUGGCCUCAUCAGCAAGAGGUUCCAGAUGGCGUACAGGACAGGCUCAGUCAGCAGUGCAGGGAGCAUCAGAUCUAGAAACACCUCUACCAUGUAAAUAUCAGGGGUAUACUGCUAGCCUUGAUCCGUCCAGCUGUCACAAAAUUCACCUACCAACUUCUCUCAUGCGUACAAAGUGAAAUAUAGAGUAUUUCUUGGAAAGAAGCAGCAACAUCCUUUAACUUUAGAGGUGCUUCUAGGAAGACUUUGUUCUUAUUCAAUGUAUCUUCAUACAACGAUUCGUAUGAUAUGUUAGAAAAAAGUACAACAAUAUUGAUGAAGUAACACCACACAAAUUAAGUUUUGUACUUAACAUAAAGUUAGGAAAGUAAAGUUACCUUGGUUGGGUUUGGGAGGGUAAAAGUAGGUUAGGUUUUGGAAAGUAAAGUUAUACUCUUAGGUUAGUUUAGGCAAGUAAAGUUGGGUAGCUUGGGUUUAGGAAAGUUAAGUUAUGUAGGUUAGGUUUGGGUAAGCAAAGUUGUGACGGUAGGGUUAGAAAAGUAAAGUUACAUUCGUAGUUUAGUUUUAGGAAAAUAAAGUUACACACAUAGGCUAGAUUUCAGCAAGUAAAGUUACGUAGGUUAGUUGUAGGAAAACAAACAUGGUGACCUCUUAGCUUAAAACAAAGGCUUUCACACGGUAAACAAUCACCUGUCUCCUGGGGAAAAGUUCUGUGUUUGUUUGACCUAUUCACCAACACAACCUGUCUUGUAAACGGGCUUUUGCUCUUUAUGCUAUUUUUUUCUUAGUUUGCAGACUUUUUAGACAGACAUUUAAACCCUGUGAACUUUUUUAACUUUUUUGUUAACGUUUUAUCCUUUUUCCAGAUAGUAGUGAAAACAAAACCAAAAAGAGUAAAAGACAUCACAAUGAGAUAUCUCAAUCUUUCAAAACAGGAAGACAUUGUGAAAUCAGCUUUCUGUUCUCAAGAGCAAGGCACAGCUGGUCUUUUUGCUUUGUGUCUGGGCAAACUGUGGAGUCUGUACAAACCGCUGGAGCAGGAAACAUAACAUUGUUAUUUGUUAUCAACGCUGUAAUCUUAAAAUGCUGUAUUUUGUCACGGUCCAGCAAUUACUUUUUUUCUUUUGUGUGUAAGAUAUUUGUUUAUAUGCAUGGGUACCUUGUUCAUAUAUGUGCAGGUAGUACACAUGAGUGUGUGUGUGCGUGUGUGUGUGUGUGCGUGUGUGUGCAUACCUAAGUGGGUGGCUAAUAUUAAGGAGAAAAAUGAAGAAUGCAUCCUCAUGAGAAAUUGUGAUUACAAAGAGGGGAUGAGAUGUUCUCAUAUUGUCUAAUCAUAUGAAUUUUUAGGAUAUUUUCAAUUUGUUAUCUGUUGUUUGUGCUAAACUAAAGCCAACGGUUUGAUUUACUCUUUUGGACUAUUUCUAUUAAGUGUUAAGAGUUAAAUGUUUUUUUCUGACAUGUAGUUUUCCCAUCUAUCUAAUAUAGAGUAUGGAGCUGUUAUUUAGAUAAAAGCUGUUUUGUAGCGCAUUAAAUAGUUCUGAUUGUAAACACAAA